CAGCCUUAACUUCUGCAUGAGCACAGCUCCAAGGAUGAAGCAGCGGCUUCCAUAGAGACGCGGAGGACGCUGGUGUUGAGCGGAGCCUGCAGGAGGGAGUCCGGACAUGCCCUUUACUGAACGCGCCUACUACCCCCCGGCGGCUGGGGGAGCCGGAGCCGGCGCAGGGCCGUUUCCCGCCUUCCAGUUCCGCAGCCGCCAUGAGGGCCCGGACUGGCGUCGGCUGAGCGCCGUGGACGUGGAGCGGGUGUCGCGGGAGGGGGACGUGGCGGCUCUGCAGGAACACCUGGAGCACGUCACUUUCUGCAGCGCCGAGCGGGAGCGCUGCCCUCACUGCCAGGGCCCCGCCGACUCGCUGCUGCUCAAGCUGCUGCGCCUGGCCCAGCUCUCCACCGAAUACCUGCUGCACUCCCAGGAGUACCUCAGCGCCCAGCUCGGCAGCCUGGAGGAGGCUCUGCGAGCGGCCCAGGUCCAACGCGACCAGCUGGACAAGGAGUUGACCCAUCGCCUCCAGGAGAUCAAGACUCUUAAGGAGGAGUGCCGGCAGAGGAAGAAGAUGAUCAGCACCCAGCAGAUGAUGCUGGAGGCCAGAGCCAGCUACCACCAGUGUCAGUUUUGUGAAAAGGCUUUUAUGAGCUAUUCCUUUUUACAAAGUCACAUGCAAAGGCGUCAUCCGGAAGAAUCUCAGAUUGAACAAAAGAGGAAAGCAAAGACAGACAAACUGCAGGAUGAGAUUGAUAAACUGAAGGAGCAGUUACAGCUCACCAGGUCCCAGUUGGAGGCUGAACAACAAGCUUAUAUGGUCCAAUUUUCUAAGGAAUGUGAACAGCAAAAAUCAAAAGAGGAAGAAAUUAUACAAACCUUUCAUAAAUGGAAAGAGGAAGAGAAAGAGAAAUUAGCUGAUGAAAUAGAAAAAGUGAAAGACAUGUUUAUGAAAGAGCUUAAGGAGUUAUCCUCAAGAAAUUCAACACUAGAAAACCAACUGUUAGAAUUACAGAAGUCCAAUAUGCAACAAAAAUCCAAUUUAGGAACACUGACAGACAGCCAAGAAUUUACAGAAGAGAAACCUCAGAAUUCUCAGGAUUAUCGUAAUGUGGUUAAAGUUCUGGAAAAACAGGAAAGCAAGUGGACAUCUAGAAUGCAGGCCUUUGCUCAUGCACACGAGAAAGAGAAGUCUGAGCUGCAGUUGCAAAUCCAGAAGCUUAAAUCAUUCAGAGAAGACCAGAAUAAAAAAGCCAGCUUUUACAAGAAGAGAGCAGAAGAAUUUGGGCAGAAACUUCAAGAGCAGAGCGAUCUGAUUAUUACUCUGAGGAAGCAGUUAGAAUUGUCCACAAGAUCAGUUGCAAGCGUUAAACCACAUGAUGUGAGCACUACUGUAGAGCAUCUUGAAGAAUCUAAACCAAGCCCACCAGUGAUGCAUGAGCAGGCACCCUUGGUGCAUAUGCUGGAACCCAUAGAGGAGCUUUCGGAAGAGGAAAAAGAAAUGGAGAAUGGUGAUUAUAAAACAGGUAGAAGUGGCCACCGCUUAAUAAACGCUUUGAAGACUUGCCCUUCUUUAACUAGAGAAUUACGAGUUGUUUUGGAGCAAACCCUGGAGGAGAAGCUGAAACACUUGGGAAUUAAACCAGGUGUUCGUGGUAUCUCGAACGAUCAUUUGAAUCAAAUCCUGCGUGCUGUUGAAUCUGCCAGAGAGCGCAAACAGAGGCAGAACCCUCACAUUCACCGCAUUCGAGAGCACCUGGAACGCCAAGUCGGCUUUAGGGUUGAAGAGAAAUCAUCAUCUUGUAAUAGACCUGUUUCCUGGCCUCGGCUUCCUUCAGAAGAUAAGCAGAAGUUCAGUCAGUUAGGAAUUUCCUCAUCUGCCUUGCCACGGUCUUCAGCAGCUGUUCGCCCAGCUGAGCAAAGAGCAGCCAUCGCUGAGAAUACGUCUACACCGAAAUCCAAGAAGCUUCUUGGAAAUGAAGUUUCUAGAAAGACAUCUAGCACCACAACUCCACCAUUCAGUUCAGAGGAAGAACUAGAUGAAGAUGAUUCUAAACAGUCUUACACAUCACCAGAAUUAUCACAAAAGCAGCCAAAACCAUCAAGUACCAAAGUCAGUGCUGUUCAGAAGGCUUCUAACAAAAGCAGCGUGGAUGGGAUGGAGGAAAGCAAAACUAAGGAAAUUGGAACAACUGCCAGAACUUCAAAAGGAACAGUUAUUCAAAAACUGACUGAACAAGUUGGAAAGAGUCUUUCUAACCAUGGAAAUAGGGACAAACCAGCUGGAGGGAUUCCUGUUGCACAGGCAUUUAUCAAGAAAGAGGAGGUGAAAGAACUGAAGUUUGCAGAUGCUGAUGAAGAUGAUUGGGAUAUAUCAUCAAUAGAAGAAGACUUAGUGAUGAAAGAUUAUAGAGGCCAGAAGGCAGCGACAGCUCCAAAAAUCGAGUCAAAUGCUGCAUCUGUGGUACAUGCAUGGGGUCUUCCAAAGACAAGUGUACCAAAGGAGGAAGGCCCUCAUGAAGCUGAUAAUACAAGCACCUUGAAAAGCAGUUUAGUCACUGUAACAGAGUGGAGUGAUUCUUCAGAUGUGUAAUUGCAUUUUCAAAUUUAUGUUUUCUUGUAUUUUAUCAUAAACUUUAUAUAAAUUGUGAACAUUUUAAAGAAAAUAUUUCCAUGACUUCAAAUGUUACAUUUUUAACGUGGUUUGCA